UUAACACUAAUAAAUACAACAUUUUACAACAUCCACCACACACAAAAGUUACAGAUUACAGUGAAAUAUUAUUACUUGUUAAUUAAUAAAUAAAAUAUUAUAUCGGCCGUCUACCUAAAUAUUUCGAUUAUCCAUAAAAUAAUAACCCAUCUACCUAUUAGUAGGUAUUAAUUGUUUACCGAAUCGACUUUCUAUUGAGUUCUGUUCCGGCUCGAGUAACUAAAUAGAUUAGGUAUAAUAAUAUUAUCCUUUCUCUUUUUUCGUUUGUAUAAAAAACAAGUUUAGGUCAUGAACGCCACUCAAUUAACAGCAGUUCUUGUACAAAAUGGUCUUUCAGAAGAUAAAUCGAGAAAACUUCAGAUGCAGCUGAUGAUGGAGAAGUUGCGCAGUAAAGCGCUUCAAUCACAAUACAAGCCGCUGACAGAUUCGAUAAAAAAUAUUAAAUUAGCUUUGUUGGAAAAAAGAAUUAAUGUUGACCCAGCCGAAAAGAAUCUUGUUCAAAAGUCACUUGAUCUAUUGCAGCAAAAUAUUAAAGUAACUACGUUGCAGACUAUGGUUGAACGUUUGGACAGUGUUAGCAGACAUUUAGGUUUAAAAUUUACCGUCGGUCCAUCCGGUAAAGACAUUUUUGUAUCUUCAGACAUGUUUUACUUGGAAAUUAUAUUAGAAGAUAAUGGUGGUGUAAAGGAUGUAAAAAUUCAUCAUGACGGAAAAUCAGAACCACAGAGCUGUGCUGAUUUAAUUAAGAGUCUUGCCAACUGUGACUUUGCAGAUUUUACCACUCAACUUGAAGGCCUCGCAUCUAUUUACCAAAUAAGUGCAGAUAAAAUCACUAAAUGCCGCGCUUUCAAUGCUCUUCAGACUUUAGAAGAUGACUUGGAGACAUUUGCUCAAGUGCAUUACACCUAUCAUAAAGAUUUAAUAUCUUUGGUGCAUAAAACUCCUCUAGGCGUAGUGAAACCUAGAAGAGGAGGCCAUCCCUUAAAAAUAAUGUAUUUUGUUUCUCCCUACGAUUUAUUGGACGUCGAAAACGGUACAAUGAAGAAUUUAGAUAAAGACACAUUAGAUGUUGGAUGCUAUGCUACAGUAUGUAUUGAAGCUGCAAACAGCACAAAUGUUCAGUCUGCUUCUCUUUUAAGCGCUACAAGAAGUUCAAAUGGAAUAAGUACGCCAACGUUUAUGCCAUUUACUGUUCAAAACAGUAUUACUCUACCUGCAGUAUUUGUGUUACGAUUAAACGAACCUAUGCCCGUGUGUCUUCAACUGGCUGAAAACAUCAAAGCUGUAAUUGAAAUGGAUCUUGAAAUGUCAACACCCAGAUCAUUGCUCAAGAUGAUCAUCGAGCCCAGUUCUCAGCCAUUGAGUGUUACCUUACCAGACCAGCAGCACUGUUAUUUUUUGACAGACUCCAACCUCAAAGGCGUGUUUAUACAAAAUAUCAAAUUUACCCAUCCAUCACAAGUUCCUAGAAUUAUAGCUUAUCUUAGGCAGCAAGCAUUGUUCAAUUGUUUGAUUCGUUCUUGUGUACGACCUGAAUGUCAGCAAGAAAUAAUCAACACAAUGGUGUUUGAAAUUGCUGCUGAAGAGAUGUCUUGGCAGCAUUUAGUCGUGUCUUUUGAACAUCCAACCGAAGAGAGUCUCGCAACAGCCGAAUUUGAUUUGUCAGAUAUAUCUAAUCUAAAAUGCGAAGUGUACACAUCAUCAUCAGAAACUAACGGAGAGUCUGUUUUAAGCUCUCCUGAAUUUGCAAGCAAAGUCUUACAAAGAUGUUUUUCCAUUCCAAUUACAAUGCGAAGUUUGAUUCAAACUUGGGAAAGAGAAAACCAGCAACCUCUCGAUACAGAUAUGAAAAAUAACUUGUCGGGAACAGGAGGAUCAACUAAUUUAGGAGAUAGUUCCGACAUAAAUCAACAUUUUAACGACCCUUCUUCUGGUCCUGACUUUUCUUCGGACCUCGAUGUAAAGCUCGAACCUCUAAAUGGAAACGGUCCUCUUGAUUGUUUUCCAGCAUCCAUAAAUCAAAGGGAUAUAGACCAAUUGAUUUCAGAUCCGACUUUUUUACCGGAUGUGGAUUUUAAUCAGUUUCCGAUGGAUGUCGAUCAAGAAGACCAGAAAAAGCAGUCGUCUUUUAGGGAUGCCAGCCUUCAAGAAGAUCCGCCUGAUCAGAACCCUAAGCUUUCACCUACAAAAACUGAAGAACUUAUAAGUAUUCUCGACGACGAUAACGGGAAAGGUGAAGACGAGAAGCCACCUCCCCCAGACACUGGUCAAGUUAUUAUUGAAUCGUCCAGUGAAGAUUCUAUAGAAAAAAGCAGUUCGUCGAUAUCGGGUGAAUUUGACUCUCCCGAUAUUGAAAAUCAAUCGGUUUAUGAUAUAGACGACGAUGGGCGAGAUCUCAAUGAUCUUAAUGAUGUGAAAGAGUUUAUAAAAAGUCAAAUGAAGGGUGAUGAGAAAAAAGACAUUCAGUUAGACAAAAUCCAUCAGUCUCCCUCUGUCAGCAUAACGGCAGUGGAUUUAAGCUCUAUUCCGUCACCACAAAUUUUACCACAGGUGUCUGUAGAUAGGAGACCUAAUAUUGAAGUCAUACCUAUACCUAACGUACCUAGUUCGAUUACCAUAACUCCGAUUUCGGCCAAAACUAUAGCUGAAGAAAAAUCUAAAAAGAGCAAAAAGGACGGUAAUGAUGGUAAAACAGAAAAGAAAAGAAAGAGGAAAUUAGAAGCGGAGUCGACUGUACCUGAAAAAGUGAAAAAACACUCUGGCUCGCUUAAGAUGUCAGAUUCUAGUCGAUCGUCGUCGCCUUGUGAUUACGUGUCUAACCAAUUGCCUUCGAGCACUAUGAUGAUGAAAUUGGGCUCCACUCAAAAAAUAAAACAAAGUACUUCCCCAACUUUAUCUAUUAGCAGUGUGUCCUUAUCCAAUUCUAAAUAUGCAGUAACAUCACCAAAAUCAAAUUCUGGCAAGCCAAGUUUGUCCGCGUUAAAAAUGUCUGUCCAUAGUCCUAAAAGUGAAUCAAAGCAGAAAAACAAAGAUUUUUCAAAAGACAACAAAGAGAAGAGAAAUUAUGCUUCUAGCAAUUCUUCUCUUAGCCAAAGUCCCAAAAGUGUUAAGUCUUUGAGCACUAAAAAAAGUGAUAUCGAGGAUGCCGGAUUACCAAUACCCGCUGAACCGAACAAAGCACAAGCGAAAUGUAGAAAGUUAAAUGCUGUAAUAGAUCGUUUGUCUAAGGAUAAAACUACAUUGCAUUAUUCUAUUGAUUCUGACAUACCUAAAGCCAAAGAAUCGACUCUGAAGACAUCAGAGAAGGCAAUGUCUUUAAAUUCUAGUAUGAGUUUGAAGAAUCCCGAGUCGUAUCAGGUCAAGCAUAGUUCUGACGGUAUGAAAAUAACGAUAAACAAAACUAGAAUGAAAGAAUCGAAACAAAAAAGUUCACUGACGAGUUCCCCUAAAUCAGGUCAGAAAUUGAGCACUUCUGGUAGUAUGAAUAGCAAAAAGACUACCUACACGCUUUCCAAAAUGAAUCCAAGCACUUCGCAAACAAAACCGUUUAGUGCACCAAAGACUAAAUCCAAUUUGACCGUAACUAAAGUAAAAUCUGUUUCGGGUAAAGUACGGAGUGAGAAAUCUAUUUUUGCAAGGGCCGAGAUGAGAAAAUCUAGCCCGACGUCCAAGGAAGAAGAGCCUCCCAAAGUAAUAAAUCCUGUUGAUAGUUUCAUAAAGCAAUUAGACACGAAAUUUCAAAUUCCAAAAUUAUCGGCUAGAGUUAAUAUGGACGAAAAAAAGUGUAUUGAAGCGAUCAAGACUGAUUCAAAACCUAUAGAUUUAGCUAAAAAGAGUGAUACUGACAAAAAGUAUGGUCAACACGAUUAUUUGAGUCAGAAAAAAAGCACUACAGAGCGGUUGAACUCGCUUCCCGGAAUCACUGUGACGACGGUAGAAGAACGAGCUGCUGGCAAACCUAAAGAGUCUAUACUGAAUAGUCUGAAAAUCGACAUGCCUUUAAUAUCUUUUCAUGCACCUAAAGCAGAUACCACUGUAGAAAUUUCUGAAUGCAAAGAUUAUUCUCAAAAGAAAGAAGAAUUACCGAGCACAAUUAAUUACCAACAGAAGCCAGUUGUACCAGUGACGACCUAUUCGGCUACACCCUCUGUGUCCUUACAUUUUCUCAAGUCCCCAGUUCCCUCGCCGUUGCUAGAACCUUCUCCGCAUUCUGCUUCUCCUUCCAUAACAGACGAAGAACUUAUCGAUGACUCAUUCGUACGUGUUGGUAAAUGAUCGUCGAGUAUACAAGAGCCAUUUGGCUUUUGUAUACGAAAAGACGAUAAACUUCCAAUUACAUAUAUAGUGUAAAUAAACAAAUUAGCAAUAUUAUUUUUUAUUUGGCAUUAUUUACAGCCAAAGCGUGUACUAUAGUAUAUUUUGUAACUUUGUAUAUUUUAUUUCAUAACAUAUAUUU